GGAGAGAAACAUCAUCCCCUGGCACUGACCUAAGGAAGAAUCAGGCCAUGAAGGAAAAGGAGAGGCUGCUUAAAGAGCUGCGGCUCAUUACCGAGGAGAGAAAUGACCUGAGAGAUCGCCUGAGGUUUCUGACAGAGAGAUCCAUGAAGAACAGGCCACACUUCAGGCCAAAUCCAUAUUAUGAAGACCUGGAGAGAAUGGAGGAGGCAGUCAUGUCAAUUCUGCACAACUUAGAGAUGGAGAACACUGAGGUCCAUGAGAACAACCAUAAGCUGAAGAAGGAGAUUACCUUCUCUAGGUAA